UUCAGCAAUUAUAUAUUGAGUUUAAUGUUGCAUCAAACUAAAAAUUUCAACAAUUGAAUUAUAUAACAACAAGAAACAAAUGGAAAAUAAAAAUGAUAUAAAAAAAUUAGUUGAAGCAUUUGAUUUUGCAGCUAAAAAACAUUCAAAGCAAACAAGGAAAAAUAUUGAUAAAACACCUUACAUAAAUCAUCCUAUAGGUGUAGCAAGUAUUAUUUCAUCCGAGGCUGGUAUUACUGAUGUAGAUAUACUGAUAUCAGCAGUUUUACACGAUACUGUAGAAGAUACCAAUACUACAUUUGAAGAGUUGGAAAUUAACUUUGGUAAAAAAAUAAGAGGUAUUGUUGAAGAAUGCUCAGAUGAUAAAACUCUUGAAAAAGAUGUCAGAAAGCAGAUGCAAAUUGAAAAAGCUCCUUUUUCCUCGUACGAAGCAAAAGUCGUAAAACUUGCAGAUAAACUUUACAAUUUACGAGACUUAUUGAUAAAUACACCUGUAGGGUGGUCUGAAGGUAGAGUUAAUGAAUAUUUUAUUUGGGCUCUGCAGGUGGUUCGGGGCUUGAAAGGUACAAAUUCUGUUUUGGAAACAGAGUUAGAAAGUAUUUUUAGAAAUCAAGGAAUUUUGUAGCAUUGUUUUGUCUUAAAAUUGUUUUUUGAAUGACAAUAAAUAUUUUAAAAUAUUGUUAA